AAGUCACUCAAAGCCACUUGGAUUAAAAAAUAUCUAGAUCCAGAAAACAGUAGCAAAUGGAAAAUUAUCUUUAAUUUAGAGCUAGGAAAGUAUGGAGGCAAUGGUUUUUUUAAAGGAUAUCUUAACUGAAGAUCCACAUAUUAAAAUAAUUGUAGAAAUAUGGUCAGAUACUUUUUUUGAAGGAAGAAUAGUGUCCAAGGACCAUUUUUUGUCUCUACCUCUUUGGCAAAAUUCAUUAAUAAGAAUAAACAAUGCAACAGUAUUAUAUAAAGAAUGGCUUUCCAGGAGUAUAGCAAAAAUAAAACAUUCAACAGAUAAUUCUAAUAACUUUAUUUCCCUUGUCAGCUUUCAAAAUAAAUAUGAAAUCCAAAUAAAACUGCUAAUGUUUUUUGGAAUAAUCUUCGCAAUAAAACUUUUGCAAUAA